GAUUACUUCUGAGGAAGAAAAUAUAGUUCUCUGUGCUCUUUCUCCAAAGCACAUUGGUGGAUUUCUCGUUCAAGGUGUCUGCUGGUUCUCUCUUACUAUUUUUGUUUUGGAGGAAAUUUUAGAAGAUCAUGAAGGUUCCGCCGGCGAAUGGCUUUCCGGCCAAUACUUCAGAAGGGGAAAGAAAGAGCAUGAACUCAGAGCUAUGGCACGCUUGCGCCGGGCCGCUUGUGUCUUUGCCACCAGCAGGCAGCCAUGUUGUUUAUUUCCCUCAAGGCCACAGCGAACAAGUAGCUGCUUCAAUGCAGAAAAAAAUGGAUGGCAUUCCAACUUACCCAUCGCUUCCUUCUAAAUUGAUCUGCGUGCUUCAGAAUGUCACCUUACAUGCUGAUACUGAAACAGAUGAGGUUUAUGCUCAAAUGACUCUUCAACCAGUUAAUAAAUUUGAUAGAGAGGCAUUGCUAGCAUCUGAAAUGGGACUCGAGCAGAACAAACAACCCACACAGUUCUUCUGCAAAACACUUACAGCAAGCGACACUAGUACUCAUGGAGGAUUUUCUGUGCCCCGCAGAGCUGCCGAAAAGAUAUUCCCGCCUCUGGAUUUUACAUUGCAACCACCAACUCAAGAGUUAGGGGCCAAUGACUUGCAUGACAUAGUAUGGACAUUUCGGCAUAUAUAUCGAGGUCAACCAAAAAGACAUCUACUAACAACAGGGUGGAGUGUGUUUGUAAGUACAAAAAGGCUUUUUGCUGGAGAUUCUGUCCUUUUCAUUCGGGAUGAAAAAUCACAACUUCUCUUGGGUAUAAGGCGUGCCACCAGGCAGCAACCAACUAUUUCUUCCUCUGUCCUCUCAAGCGACAGUAUGCACAUAGGAAUACUUGCUGCUGCUGCUCAUGCUGUUGCGAAUAGUAGUCCAUUUACAAUCUUUUACAACCCAAGAGCAAGCCCCUCUGAAUUUGUCAUUCCUUUAGCAAAAUAUAAUAAGACAUUUUACAUGCAAGUGUCCCUUGGCAUGAGGUUUAGAAUGAUGUUUGAGACAGAGGAAUGCGGUGUUCGCCGGUACAUGGGAACAAUCACAGGCAUCAGCGACCUCGAUGCAACUCAGUGGAAAACUUCGCAAUGGCGUAACAUUGAGGUUGGGUGGGAUGAAUUAACAGCGGCUGAUCGACCAAGCCGGGUAUCAUUAUGGGAGAUUGAACCGGUUGCAACUCCAGUCUACUUGAGCCCUCCUCCAUUUUUUAGGCCUAAAUUCCCUAAACAACCAGGGAUGCCUGCAGAUGAUGAAGCUGAAGCGGAGAUUGCCUUUAAAAGUGUCAUCCCAUGUCUUGGGGAUGAUUUUGGCAUAAAAGAUACUCAGAGUCAACUGUUCCCUGGCCUGAGUCUGGUUCAGUGGAUGGCCAUACAGCAGAAUUCUCGGCUAAGCUCCUCUACUUCCCAACCAACCUACAUCCCCUCCAUGGAAGCAUCUAUUCCAAGUAGCCUCAUCUGCAACGAUCCGGCAAGACUAUUGAGUUUCCAGUCUCACACAUCCUGCUUUCCGAAUUUUCAAUACGGUUUCAAAUUAAAUCCACAAAGCCAACAGUUAGAUCAACACCAGAAACCAAAGAAGCAAAAUUCCAAUGAGAUUCAAUUCCCGCCGCCGCAGCAGCUGGCAGAAAGUCAAACACAUUUAAAACAGAGAAAACAUGACAACCAACAACAGAAUCUGCAGCAGCUUAAUGCACAAAAGCAACAAAAUUUAACUCAAGCGCUGUUACUUAAUGAACAACUUCAGCCAUCUGCCUUUCAGAUACAGCAGCAACAAGUUAUACAGAACCAAAAAUCUCACUCUAUCCAAGGAAAAACUCUAUUGAACCAGACAUAUCUUCAACCACAAGUGCUUCUUCAAUCUAAUUCCAACUUCCAGCAACCAGUGGAGCUGCAACAGCAUUCUCUAUUGCAGCAGCAGCAGCAGAUAGAGAUGCAACUGAUACAGAAGCUUCAACACCAGCAAGUGCUGUCUCAGCUUAGUGCUCAAGUACAAUCUCAGCUUUCUCAGCAGUUGCCAUUGCAGAACCAGCUGUUUCAUCAACAGCAAAAUUUCCAGCAAUUACCUAAAAACCAAAUAGCAGGUCACUCUAACCCUCAAUUACUCGCCAGAACUCCACCUCCACCAUCCGAAAAUGAUGCACCUUCAUGCUCUACCUCGCCUUCCAGUUCUUGCCAAGUCUCAAUGCAUGGUGUACCUAGCAAAGUGCUGCAAGAACUUCAGAACAGGCAUGAGAUGCACGUGAUCAAGGAGACUAAUCAUAUUCUUUGCCAUAAUAGUAUGAGAGAUCAAUUGGAUUCUUCUUCUAUGAAUUCUUUUUGCUUGGACGGCAGCUUACAGGAAGGAUUUUCACAUUCUCCUGUAUGUUUGGAUGCAGAUCUUCGUCAUGAUUCUCAUAGUAACCUUCUUACAGGAACCAAUUCAGAUAUUCUGUUACAGAACUCUAUGCUAUCAAGGGGACUCGGUUCUGGAAAGGAUAUUCAAAACUUCUUACCAAGUUAUUGUAAUCAGAGGGAUGUUGACACCGAUUCAACUGCUGCUGUCAGUUCUCAGUCAUUUUGCUUGCAAGAUAUGCCAUUCAAUCCUGGCUGGUCAGCUGAUGCUUGUUUUAACGAGGUUGGAAUGCUGAACCAAGAAAUGUGGGCUAACCAGCCACAACGCAGGAGGACAUAUACAAAGGUUCACAAGCGCGGAUCUGUUGGACGAUCAAUUGAUGUCUCGCGCUAUCGAGGUUACGAUGAACUCCGCCAUGAUCUUGCUUGCAUGUUUGGAAUUGAGGGACAACUUGAAGAUCCCCACAGAACCGACUGGAAAGUAGUAUAUGUGGAUCAUGAGAAUGACAUACUUUUGGUUGGGGAUGAUCCUUGGGAGGAAUUUGUAAGAUGUGUUCAAAGCAUCAAAAUACUAUCAUCAUUGGAGGUUCAGCAAAUGAGCUUAGCUGGUGAUCUACCAAAUGUGGUCAUGCAUAACCAAAGCAGGAAGUAGAACUGAAGUUGGGACUGCGCAGAAGAUUUAAAUAAGCAUUGGCAAAAUUCCUAACCGACUUUGUACUAUGCCAUUUUCUUCAACAAGGCUAAAAAGUUUGAAUGAGCUAUAUUAGCCGUUUGGAAAAAAAUUAUCCAGUAUAUUCCUUGCCUU